AACCCCUUCAUGAAAUUUUGCACAAACUUAACUAUAAGCUCAUAUUUUUUCCCUUGUUCCAAGAUCUUUAAUUCUGUUUCAUUCUCCAUCCAACUCAUUCUCUCAUCAAUGAUAUAUUUGAUUCCUUUCCUUUCCCAAGAUCAUAUCUCGUUUCCUUCUUGGCUUCCCAAAAUUUUCAGCACCAAAAGAGAAAACAUUGGAAAUUAAAACAAAAUAUAGCCAUAAAUGUUUGAAAUUUUUAUGUUAAAAAAAUGUUUGAAUUUGAGUCUGAUCAUACCUGUGCUCAGACCUUGCAUGUUUUUAUGUUAAAACAAAAGAGUCUUUGCUUUUCCUUUGGAGUUUCAGACAUACACACACUUCACACAAGGGUUUCAGAGAGAGGUCGAUUUUGUUUGUUGUGUGUGUUCUUUCAAAAGCACUGACACAGACAAAAGAAAAAGCGUCAAAAAAAAGAUUGUUGAAUCCAACAUAUUAUUUUUCUUAGAUCCUGCCCUUAAUUCUCAUCUUGAAACUCCAAGGCUAUGAAGACUACUUCAGAGAUGGGGAGGGGGAAGAUUGAGAUCAAGAGGAUUGAGAACACAACUAAUCGCCAGGUGACAUUCUGCAAGAGAAGAAACGGGCUUCUGAAGAAAGCUUAUGAGCUAUCAGUGCUGUGUGAUGCUGAAGUUGCCCUCAUUGUCUUCUCCAGCCGUGGCCGCCUCUAUGAAUAUUCAAACAACAACAUCAGGUCAACUAUAGAGAGGUACAAAAAGGCUUGUUCAGAUCAUUCAAGUACGAGCACUACCACAGAAAUUAAUGCUCAGUACUAUCAACAAGAAUCUGCCAAGCUGCGACAACAAAUUCAGAUGCUGCAAAAUUCAAACAGGCACUUAAUGGGUGAUGCCUUAAGCACCCUGACGGUGAAGGAGCUUAAGCAACUUGAGAACAGGCUUGAAAGGGGAAUCACUAGAAUUAGAUCCAAGAAACAUGAGAUGCUACUAGCUGAAAUUGAAUACUUCCAGAAAAGGGAGAUUGAACUGGAAAAUGAAAAUCUUUGCCUUCGGACUAAGAUAACUGAUGUUGAGAGGAUUCAGCAAGUAAACAUGGUUUCUGGACAAGAGCUGAAUGCCAUUCAGGCAUUAGCUUCUCGUAACUUUUUCAAUCCACCCAUGAUUGAAGAUGGAACUUCCUACCCUCAGCAGCCUGAUAAGAAGAUCCUUCAUCUUGGGUGAUCAAUCAUAAUUGCAGUGGUUAUAUUAUAUUACUAUAUAUUAUGUAUCCAUUUUGCUAGAGGCUAAAUGCAUUGUUACUACUCUUUUAAUUGUGCUCGUUAGCCCAAGUGACCGAUUACGUCCUUAACUCUAUUUUUUUGCAAUAUUUUAUAUAUGCGAGUACUGGUGAGUGUAUGACGUUGUGAUAACAUAUCUUGUUAGACAUAAUAAUUAAAAAAAUUGUGUUUUGUGUGAAG